UCUCCUCCAAAGAGACGAGGAUAAAGAGGACUGAAGUGGCCACCAUUUCGUAUUUAUUCAUCACUAAUCCCAAAAUGGACGGCGAUUUGGGCAAGACAACAGCGAAGCUAAUUGAACGCGUCGAGCGUCUUUUGACCGAGCAGAAGCUCUGCAGUCCAAGACAACGAAUCUUGAUUGCGCUGGCUGGUAUACCAGGAUCGGGCAAAACCACGAUAUCAGAUGCUUUGAUCAAAGAGCUGAAGAAGAACGGUAUUUCCGAUGUCGCAGUCCUUCCUAUGGAUGGAUUCCAUUAUAGUCGCACGACUCUCUGUUCCUUUGACGACCCUGAAGAAGCAUUUCGAAGACGCGGCGCACCUUUCACAUUCAAUGCCGCCGCCUUGGUAGAUCUCGUCGCGCUAAUCAAGAAAACACCUGUGACGACACAUAACGAACCGCAAAUCAUCAUCAAAGCGCCAGGAUUCGACCACGCGAGAAAGGACCCAAUACCCGAUGCCACUGAGAUUCCUUCGCGUGCCAAAGUUGUUAUCAUCGAAGGCAACUAUGUACUCUUAAACCAAGAGCCAUGGAGUCGCAUUUCAAUAUUAGCAGAUGACAAAUGGUUUGUCGAUAUCCCAGUCGACAUCGCUCGGGAACGGCUGGCAUCCCGACACCUCAAAGCCGGGAUCGAGACGACGAUAGGAGCAGCGAUCAAGCGGGCCGACGAAAACGAUAUACCAAAUGGAGAAUACAUAAGAUCCCAUCUCAUCGCACCAAAUGUACGCAUCAUAAACUGAUGACCCCUUGCAGAACGGCGUCCGAUAAGUCCAUCUACUGCAUAAAAUUAGCCCAGUCAGGCCAGCCAAGAACACUGGCAAACUCAUCAGCAGAAGCUGCCGGCCACGUCGAAAAGUCCAUCAGCAUGGGAUCGAGCUGGACAUUUGCCCAAUCACUCGUUGUCAACAGAGGGUCUGGCAAGAUAACGUCGAUGAUGUUGGCGCAGCGAGUAGCGAGCUCAUUG